UUAUAGGAGCGGAAAAGGCGUCAUUUUCAGCGCAGAAAACAGUGGGACUAGUCUUACUAGAAUAGGGCUGGCUUACAUAUAACAAGAGACGCUAAGGCAAGGCGAAAGGCAUCAUCAAAUCGCUGCAAGGAGUGAGAGUAAUUUCUGUCCUCUCAUCACCAGGACUAAUUUCUGUGCACCAGUCAUCACAACAAGCUAUCGAGAAAAAACUGUGAUGAAAAUGGAACGAAAAGGGCCUUUUCGGUCCCGUUAAUAUUUGACUAGUAGCCUAUUAGCCUACAGUCAUUUUCGAAGGCACGAUUUAAAGGGACACAUCGGACAAACGGACGACGCGAUUGACUGAUUUGCUGCUUCUCCGUCCUCAGGAGGAAUCGGACGUUCACCCCCGAGACGCAUGCUUUGCCGCACAGCCCAAACUAUGUAGCGCCGCGAACGAGAUGAGCAUGAACUGGACAUAAAAAGAUACCGGUACACAGCAAGACAGGACUGAAAAUCUAAAUUGGAAUGUCAGUGCCUUUUUGUCUACAAAGCGACGGACAGAAAAACUGCUUAACCGCAAUGAACAUCUAAUACACAAACCACAGGCGAUGGGUUCACCGGCAGGGUGGAAUCAAGAGAUCUUCCCGCCAAAAUGCACAGUUGCACCGCUGAAGGUGUGUUCGUAGACCGCUUCUCUGUUCUUGGGCUCGGAUGGACAGUAUGAAAUGCGGAAAGGAUGAAAAUGCGACGGCACAGGGUGUUCUUGCUUUGCACGGUGGGCCUGUGUGUCAUCUCUUUCCUGCACUACUACAAGGCCCUGCACUACGUCUCCCUGCUGAGGGAGCUGUCCGCUCCCUAUCCCAACAUCCAGUCCUUCAUCAUGGUCACCGGAUUCUUCUGGAAGGAGAGGACCACCCCCCUUGCCGGUGCUCCCCCGGAGGAGGGCCCGCCCCCGGCCCUGCGGCCCUCCAACACCGGGGACCGGGACCGGGACCCCGAGGUUGUGGAGAGUCAGAGGGCUCCGGAGUUGCAUCUUGGGGAAGGGUUGGGGAUCCCCCACCCAUGGGACAAGCCAGAAGAACCACAGCAGAGAGAGGUUGAAGCCACUGAGGAAAUGAGGGUUAAAGAGCUGGAGCCGGACCAGAAACUUGCCAACCCCUGGUAUCCCAGCAAACCAGUCCGAGUAUGGCCCGAUUCACCAGUUGAUGAGGAUGCCGUGGAAAAACUUAGCCCUCCGACUGCCAUCGUCUCAGAUCCUAUGAAAUUACUUGGGGACCUCCACCUACGGAACUUCCAGCUCCGCGACGACCCCACUCCCUACUUUGUGCGCACUAGAGCCGGGGCCUUGUGCUUUCGGCAGGGGACAGAAACAGCGGCCCCCAGGGACGAUCAGGGGAAAGGAAGCUCGAUGACGCCGAACAUGAGGAAGAUCUUGGAGCUCCAGGAAGGGGUGAAUCCAGUGGUGUCCAAACCGAAGAGGGGCAAACGUCUUGUAAAGUGCGUGUGUCGCCCGGGCUGGCACGGGCCCUACUGUGGUGUGCCCACCAUGGUGCACCACUCAAACCUGCCCACUAAGGAGAGGCUCAUGCCCAGGGAGGUGCCCCGCAGGGUGAUCAACGCCAUCAACAUUAACCACGAGUUUGACCUCCUCCACGUCCGCUUCCAUGAGCUGGCCCAGGCUGUGGACCUCUUCCUGGUGUGCGAGUCAAACUUCACAGCCUACGGCGAGGGCCGGUCCCUGCAGUUCCUGCACCUCCUCCUCAACGGGACCUACGACUACGUCAGGCACAAGAUUCUCUACGUCUUCCUGGACCACUUCCCCGAAGGGGGCCGGCAGGACGGCUGGAUUGCCGACGACUACCUGCGCACCUUCCUGACCCGCAACGGGAUGUCCCGCGUGGUGGGGCUGCGCCCGGAUGACGUCUUCAUCAUCAACGACGCCGACGAGAUCCCUGCACAGGAGGGGAUCCUCUUCCUCAAGCUCUUCGAUGGCUGGACGGAGCCCUUCGCCAUCCACAUGCGCAAGUCCCUCUACGGGUUCUUCUGGAAGCAGCUGGGCUCCCUGGAAGUGGUGUCUGGGUGCACGGUGGGCAUGCUCCUCGCCGUCUACGACAGCGACGGCAUCAGGCUGCGGAGGAGGGAGUACUACACUAUGCCGGGCUUCCGGAAGUACGAGAAUGACACGGGCCACAUCCUGGUGCAGUGGUCCAUCGGGAGCCCCUUCCACUUUGCCGGCUGGCACUGCUCUUGGUGCUUUAGCCCGGAAGGCAUCCUGCUCAAGCUGACCUCGGCCCAGAACGGGGACUUCCCCCGCUGGGGGGACUACGAGGACAAGCGUGACCUCAACUACAUCCGGGAGCUGAUCCGAACUGGGGGCUGGUUUGACGGGUCGGUGCAGGAGUACCCCCCGUCAGACCCCAAGGAGCACAUGUACGCCCCCAAGUACAUGUUCGACAACUACAAGCACUACCAGUACUUGCUGGGGAAUCCGUACUCUCGGCCGGAGAAGCUAAAUGUAGAGCAGUAACUCGGAGCAGGCAGAAGAGGAGAAGAGAGGAUUUCUGGCAGAGGGACAGGUUCUAGCUUCUAGUGCGGGGGAAAUGGACCACUGGUUAUUUAUUCCUCCCCCAUGUUGUCAGUUUAACCUCUUUCCUGCCCGCUGGCCACUGUGUUCCUCAGAUUAACAGGCGAGAGACUGGUUGAAGGACAGCCUUGGGACACAGCUGGGGACAAAACAACGCAGGCAUGGAACCCUGUGAAAUUUCCAUGUUGUUUUGUUUCUCUCUUUCAUUUCCCUGCUUGCUUCAUUUCACCAGAAUGGGGUUGUGUACCUUGGGCGGCCAUCAUUUGUUUUUUGUUUUUUUUUCCUUUUCUUUCCCGUUUCUUUCCCCUCCCUGUUCCUCCCACGUGCAAGUUAAAAGUGAGGUCUACAGAGAAUUGUGCUUUUAUCAACUUUUUUUUCUGAUAAGCAGAUGCACCCUCACCCAUCCACUCAUUCUCCAGUGACCUCUUUCUCAGAGCUCAACUGUAAACAAGUUUUCUUUGUAAUAACGAUGCAAAGAUAAAGGGAGAACGUUGGGUGAUGGUGCAUAUGCAUAAUAGAGGUCCUUCUGCUCAUCCGUGUUUUCUGCUUGAGGAUCUGCUGGUACAAUGAACCACGGUGGCAGAUGUGAGGUGGUAAUGUGAGCACGCAGAGGUGUGUUGUGUCAUAAAGGGUAAUCUAUC